AUGAAAAAGGUCAAAAAUGUUAUUUUACGCAGAGGACCAUUUGGGUCAAAGAAACAACAACUUCAAGCAGACACAGAGAAUUAUGGUGAUUGCAACGACUCGACAAGAUCUCAUAAAAUGCACUCUACAUCAAUAUAUCACCAUUCGAAAGGAAUAUCACACAAGAACUUCUUUCCCUCAAGCGACGAAGAUGAAGAAUACCCAUCACCACCUCCAUAUGAUGCAAGAUUUACACCAGCAAAUUAUAAUAAUGAAAAACGAAGUGACUCGUCUGAAACUCCCGUGACUCCAAUGACCCCAUUAACACCAUUAAUGAGUCCACCAUCAAAUAUCUUAACUACUCCCACCUCAGCAUUCACUGUAAACUACAAAAACAUCAAAUCACCGAGCCAAGAAAGAAUCGACAUGAAACCGAAACUGACAUUCUCGACUAAACACAAUGAAGUCGAUUUACAUUUCGUAUUUGACAGUCGCGCAUUCGUGCUCGAGAAUUGCAAAGAACGAGCAUUGUAUUACUUGUGCUCGAAAAUAAGAGAUGCGGUUGAACCAGCACUCAAUAUCAAGAUCAAUCCAUUGUUACUUGAAUUGAAUAUCCCACGGGUGAAUUUAAUUCAAGUCACUAUUACAAAUAAGUUGCUUAGUGAAGAGGGCGGUAUGUACGGUAUAAUUCAAAAAUAUGGAAUAUGCAAGGAAAAUCCACUCAAAGUUGAAAUACUGGGGAAUAUUAUGGAACGAACGUAUUCCCAUUCUUCCGAAGAAGAUUGGCCGCAUCAAAUGGAAUGUGAAGGACACAUAACAAUUACUCCACAACUACCAAAUUUCGUGAUUGACCUCUUCAAUUGUCUGUCAUACAAAUUCGAAGGAAACAAAAAAGAAAUGAUCUCGCAGCAUCAGGAUAGUACAAUAUCAGAAUUACCAGAAUGUAAUAAAGAGGAAGCAAUGAACGAAGUGGAAAGUGACCCCGAGUUGUUUACUAGUGUCUUGGAUAAACUUGCGCGUCGAUUGGGUGGGAAUAAUUUGGCGGUCUGUAAUAAGAAGGACGGGAUCAUAACUUCUUUUGGUGCGAAAUUCAAUGCGAUACUUGAUGAAUUACAUGAAUUCACCGGAACUCAGACACCCCAAAAUUGUUGUCCAUGGAUAUUACGCCAAUCAAACAAUAACACCACGAUAAUAGAAAAAGUCACGGGCACAACAUCAUCACCAGCAAUAAUGCAAUGGUUACAAUACACAAUAGACUUUGUCUGUUUACUAUGGGACGCCGAGCGUGGCUCACUGCUAAAUAACAGAGCCGUUAGUAUGCCUCCCGAACUGCCCGCGCUACAACUCGAAGGAUCUAUCAAGCGAAAUAUCAAAGUUCCAAAUGAGUUAUUAAAUGGUUCAUUUAUUGACUCGAUGCUCUUCAAACAACAGCAAGAUAGUGGAAUAACCACAAUAAGGCGUCGCGACGUGUCCCUACUGACAAAGUUUCGACCAGAGAUGAUAUUUCCACGAAUUUAUUCCACGCAGGAUUUGCUGCUACAAGACGCCGAUUUGGAUGAUAUAAGGUCUUCGGAAGAAACGACGCAGUUCAUUCCGCAAUUCAAAAGUAAUUUCGCGGUCGAGCUACAAUCACCAAAACUGCAUAUGGUUCGACUUGGAAAUCUUUAUAAACAUUGUGACGAGUGUUCACAUUACGAGGAUCAUAGCACGUCUACUGACAAUCUACGAUCACUGAUAAUGCAUCGAACAGCGUUUGGUGGACCCUAUGGUGCCGUAAUAAAGCGACAUGGAAUGACACCAGAUGAAGCUACGGAAAUAACGCUUAAUCCGAUACAUAACUGUAUACACAAGGAUGAUCCAUAUGUUCCGUUGGAGUCGUUUAAAGAUGACGGGUAUAUUGUGUUUGGAGUUGGUGGCCCUACUUCUCGUGAUGGAGGCAAAAUACCUUCGUUACGCGAUUUGUGUCGACGAUCUCUAAUUCUACAAGGCAAAAUUCAGGAACCGACGCUUUCGCGAAUAGACAAGAGCAAAGAACGACUAUGCAGUGGCUGUCAAAAAUGGUUCUUUAAUCCAGCCGAGACCAUAAUACUUUGGACUGCCGCCCAAGAUUACUAUUGCGGAAUGCUAGUAAUCGGCCAUUAUUGCGCUUACCAAUGUGUACCAUUAAAAGUGCGCGAGAAUAUAAAGAAAGGCGUGUGUCCUUGGGAAAGAUAA